AAGAAGAUGUGGCUUAAGUGGGUAGGCGGGUGUAGAAGUCAUGGGAAUGGGUGGAGCAGCCCACCAGCCCUCAGUAUAUAUGUUACCUAAGCCUCUUCCACCGCCUCAUCCCGAGGACUUGACGUCUGCCAGCAAGAUGCCGGCCAAACCUGCACCUAUCAAGAAGUCACCAGUCAAGAAGGCUGUGGCGAAGGCACCUGAGCCCGUUCCACCCGUGGAGGCUCCACCUGCUGAGGCCGCACCUGUUGAAGCUCCUCCAGCCGAGGCAGCUCCCGCAGCCGAGGCAGAAGCAGCUGCCGCCCCCCAGCAGAAGACACCCCCGCUGCUGAAGGAAGCGCUCCCGGUAUCUCGUGCUCCUGCCGCUGAAGAUGGUGCUGCUGCAGAUGCUCCGGCAGACGCUGCUCCAGUAGAACCUGCUGUAGUUGAGGAGCCACCUAAGGCCCCCACACCACCACCUCCUGCAGUCCCCACCAGUGCUCCUUUGGACGUGUCUGUGGAUGAUGUUAAUGACUCCAGUCUCACCAUUAAGUGGAGGACACCAGAGACCAUCGGAGACUCUGGCCUGGAUGGAUACGCCAUCGAGUACUGCAAGGAUGGAACGACAGACUGGGUUGUAGCUAACGAGGAGCUGACUGCAGCUAACAGAUACUGCAUCAAAAAUCUGAAAGCAGGUGAUUUGCUGCGUGUGCGCGUGGUGGCUGUAAACCCCGGUGGCCGCAGCGAACCUGGAACAGUCGCUGACCCUGUGCCAAUCCGCGAGGUUGUCGACCGUCCCAAGAUCCGCUUGCCUCGGGCUCUCAGGUCCCGCUAUGUCAAGAAAGUCGGAGAGCAGAUCAACCUCGUCAUCCCGUUUCUUGGAAAGCCUAAACCUGCAGUGUCCUGGCUUAAAGAUGGUCAGCCUGUGGAUACCAAGAAGGUCAAUAUCAGGAACAGUGACAAGGACAGCAUCCUGUUCAUCCGCAGCGCUCAGAGGGAGGACUCUGGUGUUUAUGAGAUGACCCUAAAAGUGGAUAGCUUUGAAGAUAAAGCUGCAAUAACCCUUCAGAUUGUGGAGCGCCCUGGUCCUCCUGCUAGUAUAAAGCUGGUGGAUGCCUGGGGCUUCAAUGCUGCUCUGGAGUGGACUCCACCCAAGGAUAAUGGCAACACAGACAUCACUGGAUACACUGUCCAGAAAGCUGACAAGAAGACUGAGGAAUGGUUCACUGUGCUGGAGCACUAUCACAGGUUAAGUGCCACCAUCUCAGACCUUGUCAUGGGCAACUCGUAUUCCUUUAGAGUGUUUUCUGAAAACCAAGUGGGCAUGAGCGAGAAGAGCGCUGUCACAAAGGAAGUGGCCACCAUCCAGAAGACAGGUAUUGUCUACAAACCUUUUGAGUACCAGGAGCAUGACUUCAAUGAGGCUCCAAAGUUCACCACGCCCCUCAAUGACCGAGCCGCCACCGUGGGAUACACCACCAAGCUGCUGUGUUCUGUUCGUGGAAGUCCUAAGCCUAAGAUCGAGUGGUUGAAGAAUCAAAUGGUCAUUGGUGACGAUCCCAAGUAUCGUCAGAUCUCCAACCAGGGCAUUUGCUCCCUCGAGAUCCGAAAGCCCUGCAGCUUUGAUGGUGGCGUGUACACCUGCAGAGCUAAAAACGCCCAGGGAGAGGCCACCGUCUCCUGCAAGCUCGAGGUCAAACAGGUCAUUCUACCAGAUGCUGAGAAGGGGAAAUAAACUAUUAUCUAAACUUCCAGAGAGGACCAGCAGAAGUCCAGGUCUUAUGUUUUAAGAGUGUUUGAGAAGGUGCAAGUUGGCUGUGCGGCAGUGUGUACAUAAUGAAGAAAUGGGCAGAACAGCAUACCAACAUCUCCAUAUCUAUUUCAAAUCACACAUCCUGACUCUCCCAGUCCUUCCAGCAUGCAUGGAAGAUCCAGCCCAUCCCCGUUUGCCAAAUGUUGUAUGUUAUUUCAGUUGGUGACAUGUAUGUAAAGCUAUAUUUACCAUGUUUUCUGCCGGCGUCCAUUUGCUGUUUGUUAUAGUAAGUAUAUAUAAGAAACAUAUAUGUACUGCUCAAUAAAACAGUAAAUCCUGAGAGAUGCAAUGCCUGUAGGGUUGUUAAAUAAAGGUUAUAUUUUAUUAUA